AUGAUAAGAUUUAGAUCACGACAUAUUAUCACCACGCUACUGGCAGUUUCCGCACUUUCAGCUCUUUGGAUUCUACGAUCAUCCCGUACGAUUAUUUCGUCUGAAACUUUGCAGUCGUGCUGCACUGUAGCAAUCAAAGAAAUUGAAAGCGGAAGUUCGGCUUUGAAGGAAAUUUCCUGUGUAAUUGAUAACGAGAAGACGUAUAAAUGUUAUGAGGAAGAAUUUACAAAUGAAGUGUAUUUUCCAUUUAACGCUUUUCUUAGGAAACAUUUCGACGUUUCUGGGAAGAUUUUCAAAGAAUCCAAUUCGGUAGCAAGACGUUUCGAAUGGUCAACAUCACAUGCUCGGGUUCGUUUUCCAGAUUUUGUUAAUUAUGACUACCGUGGAGCUUUUGGUCAUUUCGCAUCAUACAGCGUAGAAACCAGAGAUCGCGUACGUUGCAUUAGUGCUCAAUAUGGUGUACCACUGUCAACGCAGUGGUCAACAGUUCCUUAUUUCUACCCUAUACAAAUCGCCCAGUAUGCUUUGCAGCAUUACAGUCGAUUCAAAAUCGCUGCCUCAUCGAUUGCAUUUGUAAAAGGCGCAAGAACGGAAGAAUGGGAUGAUAAUACGCUUGGAGGAGAUGGUUUCAAAUUAAGUUUUGAUGAAGAUGCCAACUGCACAAGGGUCGAAAUUAACUCUGGUGACCGAGGUGUUUCGUUGCCACUUGAUGGAGAUCCGGCAUUUUCAGUACUCUCUUUUCUCUGGCUGGCUGAUGUGGAUGCUUCCUUCACGAUCAGCUUAAAGCUUAUUUUUAGUCAGAAAAUUAUACAGCUGCACUAUGUCCAUAACGAUGAUGAACAGUGUGUUUCUCAUGACAAGAAAACGAGCAAAACUGAUUAUAAUUAUUCAUUGGGUGCAAAACCAAAUCCAAAUGAAUGGCGGUGGAUUUGUCGUGAUUUAUUGGUUGAUGCCGGUCGUGCGCUUAUGUCAACCUCAAGCAAAAAAGAAAUCGUUCUUUUGCAUCCAGGAGAUGUGGUUCUGGAUUUCAUUAUUUUUCGAGGACGUUCAGUAAUUCGAGAUUUUAAGCAGCGAUCUUCAGCACAUCUUGAACACUUUCUCGUAGCAGCUGACUGGUUAACUAGCAAUCAAGAUGAACAUGGCGGUUGGUCAGUUCCUGUUGAACGCUCAAUUGCUGAUAAGCGCUUGAUUUUACCAGCAGGCUGGCAUAGUGCAAUGGCUCAGGGGCACGCUUUAAGUGUGCUUACACGAGCAUACGUUAUAACAAAUGAUAUGAAAUAUUUGCAAGUCGCGAAGCGCGCACUUCGCUUGUUUAAAACAGAGGCUGCAAAGGGUGGAGUAUUGAAUGAACUGUUCGGUCAUCCGUGGUUUGAAGAGUAUCCAACUACACCAGGCACAUUUGUACUUAAUGGUUUUCUGUAUUCGCUAAUUGGGUUAUAUGACUUUGCACAAGUUUCUGAUUUACAAGAUGGUAAAAACGAUUCGAUUACUUUAUUUUCUGUUGGUUUAGAAAGUCUACGAAUUUUCCUACCUCUUUUUGAUAGCGGCAGUGGAACCUUUUAUGAUUUAAGACAUUUGGGCUUAAAAACGGCACCAAAUUUAGCGCGUUGGGAUUAUCACUCCGUGCAUAUUUAUUUGUUGAAAUGGCUUUAUAUCAUUACAAAAGAUGAGUUCUUAAAUGAAACUGCUACUCGCUGGGCUUCUUAUGCAACAGGCCACAGAGCAAAACAUAAUUAG